ACAUAAUGGCCGAAGAGAUACGGUCCGCGUUCAUUGACGAGGUCAUGGCCAUCGAACGUGUCGACAACUGGACCAGGCAUAUUCUUACCCAAAAGGCGCAGAGCGUCGUCGUGCUCUCAUUCUUUCCGGCACGUUACACAGCCAACGUGCUCGUCAAUAUGAUGUCCACCAAGAUCAACAAGGCGGUGGAGUGGAAGAACAAAUCGAUGGAUUAUUUCCUUCAAGUGAGCGCAUUUAUGGCCCCCUCCUGGACAGCACCAAUGCACCACCCACUUGUCGAUCGCAGGAGGGGUAUGUCAAUAUUUGACACCGACUGUCAUUUCAACCCAGAGAAAAAUGUCGUUGUUCUUCCUUUAGCCUUCUACAACCUUUCCGUGCCAACGUCGCAAAAGGAAAGGAUGUUCCACAUUCCCCGCAUUGGCCCUCGACUCACCGACUGCCUCUUUAGAGCUACGUUUGCAACCAAUUUCUUCAUGCCAAACGACUACUAUUGGACAAAUUACGCUUCUUCAAACUUCGACGAGACAGCAAAAUGUUUUGGUGGACACUACAAGAAGAACCAGAAUGCUUCGAUGUUUACAAGGGUGGAAGAAAGCUCUGGAAUCGUCGUCGCGUUUGAGGCCUUCGAGGACCGACUUUUCAGCAAGCAGUAUCUGCAGAUGGACUACAUCCUCGACGGCCUCCCGGACGUAACAGCAGACCAGCUGUUUUUCAUCUAUUACGCUUUGAGCCACUGUGAAAUGUCCGCUCAGGGUUCUACCGCGUCGAUGAUGAACGCAGAAGAGAGGGUGAACGUUCCUCUGAUGAACUCGUUCGAGUUCUCAGCUGCCUUCAAAUGUGCCAACGAUAGCAAGAUGAACCCAAGCAACAAGUGUAGCUUCUGGGACUAACCACUGCCUUGGGAAGACACCUUGCUACUU